AUAAAUACAUAAGAACCUCCCCUUCCCGAACCUUACGAAAAAAUUAUACAAAGGCAUCACCUCUGUCUUUCUCUCCAACCUCCAGUCUCAGUCAUCUCUAUCUCUCUCUCCCUCACAAUUUUGCUUUAGAAGCACAGCUCCUGAUGCCAUAAUAAAAGCCUUGAUUCAUAGAACCCACCUCUGUCCGUGCAAGUGCUUUUCUUGGGUCAUCCUCAUCUCUAUGACGCAAAGGUUCCUUCUAUAACAGUUAUGGCAGCAAUGACCACUACUCUUCAGAUAACAAAGAAAGCUAUAAGACUUUGAGUAGGACAGUUCUCACUAAUAAAAGAAAGAGAAAGACAGCUAGCAGAGGCAUUCAGGACAAAAGGCUGAGUUUCUUUAAACACUUCUAAUGGGCAGGGAAGAGAGUUGGAGCUCAUCAUCGUCGUCGUCAGUGCAAUCUCCAAUGGUGACGCCUCUGAAUUUAGAAAGAGAAGAUCAGCACUGGAGGCAUUUUAAUAAUUCAGUUAAUGCUGUGUCCUUUGGGUUUGUCGCUACGGCUAUUCUUAUCUCAAUGUUUCUUGUCAUGGCCAUUUUUGAAAGGUUUCUCAGGCCAAGAUCAUCCUCUCCUGCUACUGCUGGAGCUUCUACUCGCACUGAUCUUGAAGCACCUGUGGUUUUCCAUUCCAAGCUCCACUACCCAUCUCCAAAAAUGACAGUGUAUGCAAAAGGGGUAUCAGUGUUGAUGCCAGGGGAGGAUAUUCCUACAUUCCUUGCACACCCAGCUCCUUCACCUUGCCCUCCUGAGCCCAUCAUAAAGCCCUUUCAUCAAAGCAGGCCUUGCUUCAGUUUCGCCUCACCCUCAACUUCAAGCUAACAUCAAAGACACAGAAAUAAGACAACUAACCAGUCUCAAAUUAUAGCCUGGGCACAGCCUGCUGGUGAAUAUUUGAUUCAACAAAAGAUGGCAUUGCUUUUCUCAAACACACAUGUGCUGUACAUAAUCAACCAAGCUUAUUGUUGCUCCAAAGUUUUCAUUGAUUCCUCUGAAAUUGAUGUAAAAUGCAAUCCCCAUUGUUUCAAAUGCAAUAUUACACACUUGUUGCCUCUAUGAAUGUAUUGAUAAUGAGAUUGUUGCAUUCCACUUUGUUGCUUUAA